AGUAUUUUAGCAUUCUAGAUAUAAAUGAAGCGUGUCUUACUCUCAUUACUUUCCAAUUUAAACUGCAACAAAACAAAAAUGUCCACUGCAUCUUCAUUUUCUUCCGAUGUUUCUCUCUUCGUCUCUUUACUAAAUUACUAAUCAGUAACUGCUAACCUAACUAAUCCUCCAUUGAUACAAAUCUAAAUUUAUUUCACAGUUCCAUAUUAUCAAAUAUUCAAUAAUACAGUAUGAUUUCUUCUCGGCGUUACUGCUGCCGCUUCACCUUAAUACAUGUUAUAUUGUUGAUAUGGCUCUUGAGUGCAGAGCAGACUGGUUCUUGGAGCACUGAUAAUUUUAAUUAUGGGGAACAUCAUAGUGAGGAAUAUUGUGCAAUGUAUGACAUUUGUGGCAAACGCAGUGAUGGCAAAGUUCUGAAUUGCCCAUAUGGUACACCAUCUGUUAAGCCAGAAGAACUUUUCUCAGCCAAAAUUCAAAGCUUGUGCCCAACCAUAACAGGAAAUGUUUGUUGUACAGAGGUUCAAUUUGAUACACUGCGGACCCAGGUCCAACAAGCAAUUCCUUUUCUUGUGGGCUGCCCAGCAUGCUUGAGGAACUUCUUAAAUCUUUUCUGUGAGCUAUCUUGCUCGCCAAAUCAAAGUCUUUUCAUCAAUGUUACUUCUACUUUGGAGGUUGGCUGCAAUUCGACCGUGGAUGGUAUCGACUAUUAUUUAUCCGACACUUUUGCACAAGGGCUCUACAAUUCCUGCAUGGAUGUGAAGUUUGGUACUAUGAAUACACGGGCAUUAGACUUUGUUGGAGCUGGUGCCAAAAGUAUUAAAGAAUGGCUUACAUUUAUUGGUCAGAAGACACCCCCUGGGUUCCCUGGGUCUCCUUAUGCCAUUAAUUUCAAGACGAGCAUUCCUGAUGUUUAUGACAUGAAGCUUAUGAAUCUAUCUGCUUAUUCAUGUGGAGACACUUCACUGGGCUGCUCUUGUGGUGAUUGUCCUUCUACUCCUGUGUGCUCGAGUUCAGAGCCUCCAACUCCACACAAAGAAGAUUCAUGUUUAAUUAAAGUUGGGCCUCUUAAGGUCAAAUGUAUUGAUUUCUCAGUAGCUAUUGUAUACAUUCUACUAGUUUUUGCACUAGUGGGAUGGACUUUAUUUCAUCAGAGAAGGGACCAAGGAGCUGUAUCUGGCAAAGAACCAUUGUUAGGCUAUACAGAUGAAGAUAAUAAUCAUGACAUUCUGGUGGAUGGUAAGGUACAUGAGAGUACUCCUAGAUUGAUAAAUUGGUUCCAACUUCCCAAUGUUCAAGGAUACAUGUCAAGAUUUUACAGGCAAUACGGUACUUGGGUUGCUAGAAAUCCCACCCUCGUCCUGUGCUCAUCACUGGCAGUUGUUCUUGUACUUUGUGUAGGUUUAAUUGGUCUUAAGGUGGAGACGCGUCCGGAAAAGCUGUGGGUAGGUCCUGGGAGUAAGGCAGCAGAAGAGAAGCAUUUUUUUGACAGCCACCUGGCCCCAUUCUACAGAAUUGAACAGCUUAUACUUGCAACCUUGCCUGAUUCAGAGCAUGAUAGGAAGACCAGUAUUGUUACUGAGGAUAAUAUCCAGUUACUCUUCGAAUUACAGAAAAAGGUUGAUGGCUUACGUGCAAAUUAUUCUGGCUCAGUUGUAUCUCUUACUGAUAUUUGCCUGAAGCCUUUGGGCCAGGAUUGUGCUACUCAAAGUGUUCUGCAGUAUUUUAAAAUGGACCCUGAAAAUUAUGACAACUAUGGGGGAGUCGAACAUGUGGAAUAUUGUUUUCAGCAUUAUACUUCUGCAGAAACAUGUUUAAGUGCAUUUCAGGCUCCUCUUGAUCCAACCACUGCCGUAGGGGGCUUUUCAGGGAAUAACUAUACAGAGGCUUCUGCUUUUAUUAUCACCUAUCCAGUUAAUAAUGCUGUUGAUGAAGCAGAGAAUGGAAAGGCAGUGGCAUGGGAAAGAGCAUUCAUUCAGUUAGUGGAGGAGGAGCUGCUAGCAAUGGUGCAGUCUAGCAAUCUUACUCUCUCAUAUUCAAGCGAAAGCUCAAUCGAGGAAGAGUUGAAACGAGAAAGUACUGCGGAUAUUGUAACUGUGUUAGUGAGCUAUGCUGUGAUGUUUGCUUAUAUAUCUGUGACAUUGGGUGAUGUACCUUCUCUGUCUACAUUCUACCUCUCAUCCAAGGUCAUGCUUGGUCUUUCUGGAGUGGUACUUGUGAUGCUCUCUGUUCUUGGCUCAGUUGGUUUUUUCAGUGCUAUUGGAGUGAAAUCAACACUGAUCAUAAUGGAAGUCAUCCCUUUUCUGGUUUUGGCAGUUGGUGUGGAUAACAUGUGUAUAUUGGUGCAUGCGGUGAAACGGCAACCACUGGAAUUAGUUCUAGAGGAGCGAAUUAGUAAUGCACUUGUUGAAGUUGGUCCAUCUAUAACACUUGCUAGUUUAUCUGAGAUUCUAGCUUUUGCUGUUGGAAGUUUCAUUCCUAUGCCAGCAUGUCGUGUCUUCUCUAUGUUUGCAGCUUUGGCUGUUCUGUUGGACUUCCUUCUGCAAGUUACAGCUUUUGUUGCAUUUAUUGUAUAUGACUGUCGGAGAGCCGAGGAUAACAGGAUUGACUGUUUCCCAUGCAUAAAGUUUCCUUCAUCUUCUCGAGGGCCUAAUGAAGGUGUGAAUCAGAGAAGACCUGGAUUGCUGGCUAAAUAUAUGAAGGAGGUGCAUGCACCCAUACUCGGACUUUGGGGUGUUAAAAUAGUUGUCAUUGCUGUCUUUGUGGCAUUUUCUUUGGCAAGCAUUGCACUAUGUACAAGAAUUAGUCCUGGUUUGGAGCAACAGAUUGUUCUACCCCGAGAUUCUUAUCUUCAGGGUUAUUUCAGUAAUAUUUCUGAGUAUCUGCGCGUUGGACCACCAUUAUACUUUGUUGUCAAGGAUUACAACUAUAGCUUGGAAUCAAGACACACAAACAAGUUGUGCUCCAUCAGCCAAUGUGAUUCAAACUCGCUUUUGAAUGAGAUAUCAAGAGCAGCUUUAGUUCCAGAAUCAAGCUACAUUGCGAAGCCUGCCGCCUCUUGGCUAGAUGACUUUCUUGUGUGGAUAUCACCUGAGGCUUUUGGUUGCUGCCGGAAGUUUUUAAAUAGCACUUACUGCCCUCCAGAUGAUCAGCCACCUUGUUGCUCACCUGAUGAUGGUUUUUGCGAUGUUGGGGGAGUUUGCAAGGAUUGUACAACGUGCUUCCGCCAUUCAGAUUUGGUGAGUGGCCGACCAUCUACAUCACAAUUUAGGGAGAAGCUUCCAUGGUUCCUUAAUGCUUUGCCAUCUGCUGACUGUGCAAAGGGUGGUCAUGGGGCUUACACCAACAGUGUAGAUCUAAAUGGUUAUGAGAGUGGAGUUAUACAAGCUUCAGAAUUUCGUACAUAUCACACGCCAGUUAACAAACAAAGUGAUUAUGUUAAUGCAUUGCGAGCUGCACGGGAGUUCAGCUCGAGAAUUUCCGAGUCUCUACAGAUUGACAUCUUUCCCUAUUCUGUUUUCUACAUAUUUUUUGAGCAAUAUCUGGAUAUUUGGAGGAUAGCCCUGAUCAAUAUUGCUAUAGCACUUGGUGCCGUAUUCGUUGUUUGCCUGGUGAUCACUUCUAGUUUGUGGUGUUCAGCCAUCAUUCUACUUGUUCUACUGAUGAUUGUUGUGGAUCUAAUGGGUGUAAUGGCAAUUCUAGGCAUCCAACUAAAUGCGGUCUCCGUCGUGAACCUUAUAAUGUCAAUAGGAAUUGCUGUCGAGUUUUGUGUGCAUAUUGCACAUGCCUUCUUGGUAAGCCAUGGGGAUAGGAGCAAUAGGGCAAAAGAGGCUCUGACGACCAUGGGAGCUUCUGUCUUCAGUGGAAUUACCCUCACAAAGCUUGUUGGAGUCAUGGUCCUCUUCUUCUCAAGAUCAGAAAUUUUUGUGGUUUAUUACUUCCAAAUGUACUUGGCUUUGGUUCUUAUUGGGUUCCUGCAUGGGCUGGUAUUUUUACCUGUGAUGCUGAGCAUGUUUGGUCCACCAGCAAGACACAUGAUCGAUGAACGAGAAGGCGAGUCUGCUGGUUCAUCAAACCAGAGCUGAUCGGCCUACUUCUUAUUGUCCUGUUUCAAAGAAGCAAUAGGGUGGAUCAUUCCCCUUCCAAAAUUACAGGCAGAUGUAAAAUGAGGAACCGCAUUAUCACACAUCUUCAGUUUCUGGCAAGAUUUUUUUUUUCCUCCGUCCGUGAUGUGAAUGACCCUUCAAACAAAGAAGAAUCCAUAAUGAUUCUGUACUAUCUUUUUGAUGGCACCAUAUGCUACAUGUAUAGUACAGCAAUCUAGCCAUCUCACUGUACAGCCCCGAUUCAUACUCAACAGAAGUUACUCAUAUUUUCUUUUUCUUAUCAUACACAUUUUAACCGUAUUAGUACACAACUUUGGGAAAUGCAUUCGGUUCAAAGGUAAA